UCAUCUAUCUAAUAUAAAAUUGGUCAUAAUUAAUUGGUAAUUUAUUAUAUUAUAUCCUCAAAUUAAGUUGAUAUUAUUAUUUACAGAAUAGAUACAAUGCAUCUAAUUAGCAAGAUUCUCACAAAGCAAAAAUAUUCUUAAAAUUAUUAAUUCCCUAAUCAAUUGCUACAGAGAGAGAAAUUAAGAGGGGCUUUUUGCAUUCCGCAGUACCUUGAAUUCCCCAAAAAGUGACAGUUCAUCGAUCUACUGUGCUAAUUGAUAUCCAAACUUUUUAAAGUUAAUUUUUAUUAUUUAUAAAAUUAUUGGAUUGUUGCUACGUCAACAAAAAAAAUUUAAAGAAAAAACUGAAGAGAAUUUUUGAUGAUGAUGAUGAUGAUGAUGAUGAUGGGAGGUGGGUAGGGUAAAUUUAAGAAACGAGCCUCACAUGUGCGCACGAGUGAAGAGCCGCGUUUGCUCGAGACACUCAAAAGAGAACAAAUUAAAGAAGGUCCAAACGAGUGAAGGGCACGGUACAAUCAUACAUAUAUAUAUGUGGGCACUUUAUAUGCUACCAUAUUUUGUAUUUAUUGCCCAACCCACUCUUCAUACGGCUCUUUGUUUCCUUAAUUUGCCCUACUCAAACAUGAACAUAAUUCACGCCACCUCUCCCCGUCCCCUUCUCUCUCUCUAUCUCUCUCUCUCUAGCAUGAUAUGAGCAUUUGGGAUGUUGUUGUUGAUGAUGAUGACGAUGAUGAUGAUGUGGGUGGGCAUAGGAGAGCUCGUGAUAACAAUAGUUGUAGUGUUCAUCCUUUCAAAGAGUUAUUUGAAGCUAAAGAGAAGGAGAGAGUCGAGGAGAGGCCGAGUCCCACAAGGCACUCUCGGGUGGCCGCUCGUUGGCGAGACGCUUGAGUUCGUCUCAUGCGCCUACUCCCCUCGCCCCGAGAGCUUCAUGGAGAAGCGGCGUCUAUUGUAUGGGAAGGUAUUCAAGUCUCACAUAUUCGGCAGCGCGACUAUCGUGUCGACGGACCCCGAAAUCAAUCGGUUUGUUCUGCACAGCGACGCAAAGGCGUUCGUGCCGUGUUACCCGAAAUCCCUCACAGAACUGAUGGGGAAAUCCUCCAUCUUAUCCAUCAAUGGCAACCUCCAAAGGAGAGUUCACGGGCUUAUCGGCGCGUUUUUAAAGUCUCCACAGCUGAAGGGGCAGAUCACCGCCGACCUGCACCGCUACGUCGAGGCGGCCAUGGACGGUUGGAAGGAUGAUCAGCUUAUCUACAUUCAAGAUGAAGCAAAACUGAUUGUGUUCCAAAUACUAGUGAAAGGGUUGAUUGGUCUUGAGCCAGGGGAGGAGAUGCAAUGCCUAAAGCAACAAUUCAAAGAAUUUAUUGCAGGGUUGAUGUCUCUGCCUAUCAAGCUACCAGGGACUAGGCUUUAUAGGUCACUAAAGGCUAAGAGGAGAAUGGGAAUGCUGAUACAAAAGAUCAUCCAAGAGAAAAGGAAGAAGCAAAAUGGUCCCGAUACCGCGCGAGAUGUUGUCGACGUCAUGAUCAACGAAGAUAGAGAACAAUUGACCGACGAUCUGAUAUCAGAUAACAUGAUCGACUUGAUGAUACCGGCUGAGGACUCCGUUCCCGUUCUUAUCACGCUAGCAAUCAAGUACCUCACUGAAUGUCCUCUUGCUCUCAAUAAACUAGAGGAAGAAAAUAUGCAACUGAAGAGUUCCAAAUUGGCGCUUGGAGAGCCAUUGCAGUGGACGGAUUACACGUCCUUAACAUUCACACAACAUGUGAUAACGGAGACGCUGCGGAUGGGGAACAUCAUCAGCGGCAUCAUGCGCAAGGCGGUGAAGGACAUUGAGAUCAAAGGGCACUUCAUCCCGAAGGAUUGGUGCGUUUUCGCCUACUUCCGGUCGGUACACCUCGACGACGAACUCUAUGAGGAGCCCUACCAGUUCAAUCCGUGGAGGUGGAAGGACAAGGACAUGAGCAGUAUCUGUGGUGGGUUUACUCCUUUUGGAGGUGGGCAGAGGCUGUGCCCGGGACUGGACCUCGCCAGGCUGGAGGCCUCCAUCUUUCUCCACCACCUGGUCACCACCUUCACGUGGGUGGCAGAGGAGGACCAAAUUGUAAAUUUCCCAACGGUGAGGAUGAAGGGAAGGUUGCCCAUCAGGGUCAAAAGGAGGAGUUGAAGGUGGGUCCCACUGAUCUGUACAACUAUACCGUGAUGUACAGGAAUAAGUUGCACUUUGGUCCUUGUAUUUUUUUUUUGUACCAAACUUUUCAUUUUGGUUGCACUUUGGCCUUUUCAA